CUUCUAGACCCAGUCCUGGCCGCCACGCAGCUGUAGAGCCCGGACCGAGCACCGGCUACCUAGGCGCUAGCACUUCCGGGAAGAGGCGGCUCCUUUGCGGCUGAUUGGUUGUUGCUUUGACCCGCCCCCCGCGUUGGCUGCGUUUUUCCUGCCGCGCGUGCACGCUGCCUCCUGAGCAGAGCCAUGGCGGACCCAGAAGCGUUGGGCUUUGAGCAUAUGGGCCUCGAUCCCCGGCUCCUGCAGGCUGUCUCCGACCUGGGCUGGUCGCGACCUACGCUGAUCCAGGAAAAGGCCAUUCCGCUGGCCCUGGAGGGGAAGGACCUCCUGGCUCGGGCCCGCACGGGUUCCGGGAAAACGGCCGCGUAUGCGAUUCCGAUGCUGCAGCUGCUGCUCCACAGGAAGGCGACAGGUCCUGUGGUAGAACAGGCAGUGAGAGGCCUUGUCCUCGUUCCUACCAAGGAGCUGGCACGCCAGGCCCAGUCCAUGAUUCAGCAACUGGCUACUUAUUGUGCUCGUGACAUCCGAGUGGCCAAUGUCUCCGCUGCUGAAGACUCAGCCUCUCAGAGAGCUGUGCUGAUGGAAAAGCCAGAUGUAGUGGUGGGGACUCCGUCCCGCAUAUUAAACCACUUGCAGCAAGACAGCUUGAAACUGCGUGACUCCCUGGAGCUGCUGGUGGUGGAUGAGGCAGAUCUUCUUUUUUCCUUUGGCUUUGAGGAGGAACUAAAGAGUCUUCUCUGCCACUUGCCCCGGAUUUACCAGGCUUUUCUCAUGUCGGCUACUUUUAAUGAGGACGUACAAGCACUCAAGGAGCUGGUACUACAUAAUCCGGUUACCCUCAAGUUACAGGAGUCCCAGCUGCCUGGGCCAGACCAGUUACAACAGUUUCAGGUGGUUUGUGAGAUGGAGGAAGACAAGUUCUUGCUGCUGUAUGCCCUGCUCAAGCUAUCAUUGAUUCGAGGCAAGUCCCUGCUGUUUGUCAACACUUUAGAGCGGAGUUACCGGCUACGCCUAUUUCUGGAACAGUUCAGCAUCCCCACCUGUGUGCUCAAUGGAGAACUCCCACUGCAUUCCAGGUGUCACAUCAUCUCGCAGUUCAACCAAGGAUUUUAUGACUGUGUCAUAGCAACUGAUGCUGAGGUCCUGGGGGCCCCGGUCAAGGGCAAGCGUCGGGGCCGAGGGCCCAAAGGGGACAAGGCCUCUGAUCCGGAAGCUGGUGUGGCCCGGGGCAUAGACUUCCACCAUGUGUCUGCUGUGCUCAACUUUGAUCUUCCCCCUACCCCUGAAGCCUACAUCCAUCGAGCUGGCAGGACAGCACGUGCUAACAACCCAGGCAUAGUCUUGACCUUUGUGCUGCCCACGGAGCAGUCCCACUUGGGCAAAAUCGAGGAGCUUCUCAGUGGAGAGAACAGGGCCCCGGUCCUGCUCCCCUACCAGUUCCAGAUGGAAGAGAUCGAAGGCUUUCGCUACCGCUGCAGGGACGCCAUGCGCUCUGUGACUAAACAGGCCAUUCGUGAGGCGAGAUUGAAGGAGAUCAAGGAGGAGCUUCUGCACUCUGAGAAGCUCAAGACAUAUUUUGAAGAUAACCCCAGGGAUCUCCAGCUGCUGCGGCAUGACCUGCCUUUGCACCCUGCAGUGGUGAAGCCUCACCUGGGCCAUGUUCCUGACUACCUGAUUCCUCCUACCCUUUGUGGCCUCGUACGCCCUCAUAAGAAGCGGAAGAAACCAUCUUCCUCCAGUAGGAAGGCCAAGAAGACAAAGUCCCAGAACCCACUGCGCAGCUUCAAGCACAAAGGAAAGAAAUUCAGACCCACAGCGAAGCCCUCCUGAUGUCGUCUGAGCCAUUCUGGGACUUAGCAGUGUGGAGUGAGCUUCCCCCCCCAGCAUGGACAGGCGCAGUUCUGGUGUCUGCUGUGCUUCCUGGACAGACUGAAUGCUGGCACUGCCAGGCUGGCGUCCUGUCCCUUAACAGAAUAAAGGUUUGGGCUGUCCUCA